CUUGGCCCUUUGAGGACUGCAACAAUGAAGUUCGCUCAAUUUUUGAUGAAAAACAGCUCAGUGGCCGGAAUACCGAAGCAAGUGGAGAGAUUUUCCAAGUUCUCGCCGUCGCCUUUGUCGAUGAAACAGUUCAUUGACUUUGGCUCUGCCAAUGCAUGUGAGAAGACCUCCUUUGUGUUCCUGAGGCAGGAGCUCCCUGUCAGGCUGGCUAACAUCAUGAAGGAAAUUGAUUUCCUCCCGGACAAGCUCCUUGGCACUCCUUCCCUAAAGCUCCUCACCAGUUGGUAUUCACAGAGUUUGCUGGAGCUUGUAGAGUUUUUAGAGUGCGAUCCAGACGAUAAGAACAUUCUGACAAACUUCACGCAAACCCUAAUCAAGAUCCGCAACCGACACAACAACGUGGUGCCCACCAUGGCUCAGGGUGUGGUGGAGUUCAAGGAGGCCUUUGGAGUGGACCCCGUGACCAACCAGAACGUCCAGUACUUUCUGGAUCGCUUCUACAUGAGCCGCAUCUCCACACGCAUGCUCAUGAACCAGCACACAUUAAUCUUUGACGGCAGCGUGAACCCGGCGCACCCCAAGCAUAUCGGCAGCAUCGAUCCCACCUGUGACGUUGUGGAGGUCAUAAAAGAUGCUUAUGAAACAUCAAAAAUGCUGUGUGAGCAGUAUUACCUUACCUCACCAGAUAUGGAAAUCACACAAGUAAACUCCAAAACUCCAGAGCAGCCUGUCCACAUUGUUUAUGUGCCGUCACACCUUUACCAUAUGCUAUUUGAGCUCUUCAAGAAUGCGAUGCGAGCAACAGUGGAAACCCACGAGACAAGCCCAACGCUGCCUGCCAUCAAAGUGCGCGUCUCACUGGGCACUGAGGACCUGACUAUCAAGAUGUCUGACAGAGGCGGUGGCGUCCCGCUGAGGAAAAUUGAGCGGCUAUUCAGCUAUAUGUACUCCACAGCUCCUAGCCCUGUACAUAUAGACAACUCUCGUAACGCACCACUGGCCGGUUUCGGCUACGGCCUUCCUAUUUCCCGUCUCUAUGCCAAGUAUUUCCAAGGCGACCUACAGCUCUACUCCAUGGAGGGCUACGGAACUUCAGCUGUCAUUUACUUAAAGGCGCUUUCAUCUGAGUCGGUGGAAAGGCUGCCCGUGUUCAACAAGUCAGCCCUUCGCCAUUAUCAGUCCACCAUAGAGGCCGACGAUUGGUGCAUGCCCAGCAAGGAACCAAAGAAACUGGGUAGGAGCGAGAGGACUCACUCAUGAUGGACUGGAAAACAAAAAAAACUAAACAUCACAAGUGGGUAAACGUAUUUGGCCAGUUCCAAACAGAUUUUAACCAAAUUUUAUUAUUUAUCUCAAACCAGAGGAGCCAAGAUUUUUUCAAAAUUAGAAGCAUGUAUUUGCUACUUUCAAUUUUACAUGUACACCCUAUAAAAGUUGUUGUUUUUUUUUUUAUUUUGUUUUCACAAAAUCACCAAUAUUUCUUACACAAGUUGAAUCACCCGAUAUAGUCAGGUAGGUGACAAUUUGUACAAACUAAUGUCUUAAAGGUGCUAUUUGUAAAAGCCAGUCACUUUUCUCUUUCACUGUAGUUAACUAGACCAUAAAUCUUUAUUAUCUUACGUGUUUUUAAUGUUGACAGACUAACAGUUUUAGAUACCGGUGACUUUAUUGCAAUAAUUCUCAGAAAGUACAGGUAAACCGGUGUUAAGGCAUUUAGAGUCUGACGGGACCAACUACCUUGCAUUUUACAUUUAGCAUCUUUAAUAUAAAGUAAUGUAUAAGUUAUCAGGGCUCAAUUAAUAACACACAAUCUGUACAUCUAUAGUUUUGGAUAAUAUUUUGAAUUAUUAGUUUUGUACACAAUUUAAAGCUUAAAGACCUUUGGGGGGAAAAAAAACCCACACAUUUCACAUCAUACCUUCCAAUUCCGUUACUCGCUUUGCUAUUUCAAGCCCAGUUAAGAACAAAAUGCUACUUGAAUGUUUCAGAAAUCUUUGAAUGUAAACUCAGUCGUGACAUAUUUUAGUAUUUUAACAUCGGUAAAAUUGUUAUGAACACAUAAGGACCCAGCUAGCUGAGAUGUUUAUGCUGCUGAAUACAACAAAGAAUGUUCAAUUCCAGAAGGAAGAACGCGUUGUGCUUGUUUGAAAUGAGUAUUGUAUAUUAAGUAAUUUGUCGGUACUGUCGUAAUUGAAAGUGGAGGAUUGUAUUUGAGUUGCAUGUGCACUUUCCUAUUGCAGAACAAGUGCUUUUUAAUAACAAAUGGCCUUUAAAAGUAACUACUGUAAUAGCAAACAUGCUAAGUAAUAAAUGUGCAGUUUUUAGUGAUAUAUUAGAAAUCGCCUCAUUUAACAGCCAUUAAAAUGUACAGUAUCAAUGAGCCUUUUCACAAGAAAAACAAAAUGUCUCUUUUCUAGCUCGUUUUUAUCAUGACUUCACUUGUUAAAAGAACAAAACAAACUCUGUAACCAAUAUAACUAGGCAUGUUUUGGUCCCUUUUAGUGUCCACUGUUUAUCUGCCUUGUAACUAAACACUUUUUCCUCCUAAAUUCUUGUGAGGGCUCACCGCUACAAAUAUCUGUUAAUAUAUUUUCACAGUAAUAUCCUUUAAGUGAAUAUGUACUGUAUAUUUUCUCAAAUCUGAAUGUCUGUUUCCAUUUCAAAUGCCGUAGUUCACUAUACUGUAACUCCCCCUAAAAACCCUAUACAAAAUGUCAUGUCACUGUUCAAAGUGUCUUUUUUUUUUUGUCUGUUCUUUGGCAAAAUCACCUAAUAUAACCGUUUAAACAAGAUAAAAAAAACAAACAUGAAACUACACGCUACGUGCUAUCACAAGUGUCAGCGCUCUAGCGGUGCGUUUAAGGAGACAGUCCUCGUUUUGUACUGAGAGCUGUUUGACACUACAUUUGGAAGACUUUGUGACAUGGCCCAUGCUGGUUGGGUUCAUCUCAAACACUUAGAAAUACACGUUCUGUAUAGUAAUGCAGCAGUGUGGCAGCUAGUCAAUACAAAAUCCCCUCAGGUGCCAGCAACAAGUACUUCUUAAUACUUGAGGGCAACGGAAGCGGCGGGACACCUCUUUGGCAGGAGCCUUCCAUACUGCUUCGAAUGGCACAUCUGGUCAGAUGCAACAAACUCCGAGGAUUGUUGGAGCAAACCGCGAACAACGAGUCGUAAAAGUCAGUGUGGCGCUAAGACAAGAAAGAGAAAUUUCAAGAAAAUAAUUUGAGAAAGUCUUUACCCAAGAGUUGGAAUGCUACCUUGUAGCAGUCAUCUGGAAUGGCAGUUCUCCACUUCCUUGUCGGCUUUAGAUGUUCAUACGAGUUGACCAUGAUCUCAAUAACUUUAGGGUAGUCGUGGCAGGCCUGCAACACCUGCAUAAGACAACAUGAUAGAAGUAUUCCCCUAUCGUGGGUCAUAAACUUUACAAUGUACCUUGUGAAACUGGGGUGGGUAGAUCCUAGCUGCAUUGUAGUUGAGCAGGAGUUGGUAGCAGAUAUCAUGCAAGGCAGUGUGUCUCACAUCGGUCACUUUGAUGAGAUACUGGAUGGGAGAGCAGCCGUUGAUGUCCAUGGCUCGUGUGUCUGCUCCGGCUUCCAGAAACAUCUGCAUCAGGAUGUGAUCGCAGUUCCAGGCAGCCUUGUGAAGGGCGGUUUUAUUGUCCUCCUCUUGAAGGUUGACGUCUACAAAGGAAAUACACUUUUAGAGACUCUGGAAUCUGUCAGUCCUGAUUCCUUGGGUGGAAAAGGGAAAACGAGGCUGGAUGAGGGAAAAAACAUUGUGUGAAAUUUGGGGGAAAACACCUCAUUUACAUAACCACAAUAAAGUAAAUCAUUUGCAUUAACUUCAUGAUUCUCGCUAAAAUAAAAUGUAAAUACAUUUUUUGUUGUCCUCAAUUAACUCACAUAAAUAUGAAAAGGACACUCAAUGGCGACCUGCUUUGUGGUCCAAGAGUAGCCGGCAGACGAGAUGAUGAUCUUGGCUGUAGGUUUGCCGUUUGGUAUCAAAAGCCCAAAAGGCAGCAGUUAGCAGUGGGGUUUCCCGGAAGGCGUUGAUUAAAUCCACAGGGGCUCCAUGGGCCAAAUAGAGCACCACCAAUUCCGGAAUCCCAAAUCUGGCUGCUGUAUGUAGUGGUGUGUCCUCCUCGUUGUUUUGACUGGGCAUACUCACAUUUGCACCUUUUGUGAAAAAAACAAAAAUUAGAAUAUUUGCCUUCACAACACAAUUCCAGACAGAUUACCUUUAAGGACGAGCAAUUUGGCGCAGUCCAUCGACUCUUUGUUGAUGCAAUAAUGCAGCGGCGUAUGUCCGCUCAGGGACAAGAUGUUGACCUUUGCCCCAUGUGCUAGAAGCAGACUCACAAAAUCGGCGCUGGACAGCUCGCAGGCCACGUGCAGCGGCGUCUUCCCGUUGGGCAUCCGGUUGACAGCGGCGCCUUCCUGAAGGAGCACCAGUGCAGUUUCCAAAGCGUUGUACAUCACGCAAACAUGAAGGCCCAUCGCCCAGGACUUCUCCAGUUUGUAACCUGGCAGCCAAUAGCCUGUCCAAAUCAGACGUAGGAAUUGAUUAACCAAUCUAGUUUGGCUUUAGCGUAUCCUUACCUUGUUUAUAAGAAGCCAGAACCAUGCCAGGGUCGUCCACCUCCAGUACAGUGUCUAUAUCGAUUUUCUUGGUGCGCAGAAUGCUAACAACUUCCUGAGCGUUGUUGCUCUGCAAGGCCUCCAGGUAGCGUUUCUUCAGCUGCUUGACAGCUAGUUGCGUUGGGCUCAAUUCUUCCAUGACAUAAGCAACAGCAGCUGGCUCGGGCAAAAACACUCUCCACACAGCAUGGAGUAGAUUACAAAUAAGAGUGAAAGAUUCAUGCGUGGAAGGCCUUCAGGGUCCCGUCAGAAGCUAUUUAGGGGCCGUGUGACAAAAACAACAAACGCAACAAAAGAUCAAGGCCAACAAGGAGAGGAACAUAGCAGUUGAGUAGAUUAUAAAUAGAUGGAGCAGUGGGCGUGACCGCAGAACCUGAGCUCCCCUCGAGUCUGUGUGGUUGGUCACAUGGUUAAAUACAUAUUAAGAGGGCAAAUCUAGGGGCCUUAUUUGAGUUUUAAAAUGGUUUUAUUAAUUCAAUUAUCUAAUGAUCAUCAUUUUUAACUUGAUGAUGAUAGAUGUACAAUCCAAAUGAAAUAUUAAAUUGAGCAAUUUAUCGUCCUCAAUGGCAACAAAUGGGUUAACUGUAUUAGUUAUAAUUAGGGAUGUCCCGAUCGCAUAUUUUUCACCAGAGUCUGAGACACCUGGGUUUCAGAAUCGGCCAAUACCGAGUCCCGAUCCGAUACCGAAAAAAAAAACUGUCCCAUCGUGUCGCCUUCAUAAUGUCAAUUAUAUUUAAACAAGAAUAACAUAGAAAAAUGCUUUUUUCACGUACACCAUGAGUUGCCACAGUACACUUAUGCAAGUUUAACGAUGAUUGACAGAUUUGUGCCUUUGAUGGUAGAGUUACCGACCUUCUUUGGCAAGAUCAAAGCUAAAAACCUGUCAAUCAUCGUUAACUUUUAGUACCAAACACAAGCUGGACAGUUUGGCCGCGCUGCUUAGCAGGAGGGAGGGUUAGAGGUUGUGUAACUGUACAAGCAUGAAACAAAAAAAACUUUUAAUUAUUUUUCUAAUUAAAAGCCAAAUCCUUCUCACCCAAUUCCAAUCCUCUUGAAAAUGGCGCGAUCGGCCCGAUUUUCGAUCACUUGAUCGGAUCGGGACAUCCCUCAUUAUAAUAGUAUAUAAUAAAAACCUAUUAAGUCGUAGCCAUUAAAAAAAACAAAAAAAACUUUAGUACCAACCAUUUUAGAUUAUUUUACUAAUGUUUUACCUA